AUGGCGGACGCUUCAGAGGGAGCGGCACCAGCUUCGGCUCCUGAGGAGAGCCCCCUAGGCAACCUCGGAGCUAUGUUCAAGUGGAGAUACAACCAUAUCUGGAAGCUCUACGGACAGAAGAAGUACGAAGAGGCCGAGGCCGAGGCUAUGAAGAUGUUGAUGGAGCCACGACUUGGGGAUUUUCAUCGAGCCGGAAUGCACUUGCUGCUUGCUGGUUCCCCUCAUGACUACGUCAACAAUGCGAAGCAAGCAGUUCGCCUUUACGGCAAAAUUCUCGAGGAGCACGGUUCCAACUUUUCUCCCAAGGAGCAGAGCGGCAUCCAGAACCUUAUCAAUAGGUCCAACCAAGCCUUGGAGAAAGCGCUCAGAGAUCAGAGCGACAUUGAACGCAAUGUUCGCGAGUACCUUCCCAGCGGCAAGACAAUCGAUGACCUCCACGAUGAGCAAAUGAAGGAGCUGCAAGAGCGCGAGAUGGAGCUCGCCAGGGUCGAGAUGAGCAAGGAAGAAGUCGCCUUGGGAUCCCAGGUCCCACCUUCCAGCCAGAGCGUCCCCGAUGACGCUGGCGCCGCGCGGAGCUCUGGUGUGGGCGGCUCCCAGUCCGCUGACCGGAAGCUGCCGAUGGAAAUGGACGAGGAAUUGCCGACCUAUGACUGA